UUUCUGGGAGCUGCGGCCACUUACUUCUUUUCUCCGCUGGGAGCCGUUGCGUGCCACGGGAAAUCUGCUUCCCGGGCCUCCAUGGGUGGAAUGAAGUUAGCCACGGCUUAGCCUUUGACUUAGGGGACUCUGUGGGGCUGGGCUGCGUCCCGGAGCAUCCUUCUCGACCAACGGGACUAGUGUAAGCCCCACCAAAGCAGUUACGGUAACCUGCGGACUCUCCCGCCCUGUCCUCACCCCUGGUGAUUUCCCGUCUCAUCUCCCUGACUCCUACCGGCCAUGGGCAGCCGAGACUACCUGUUCAAGGUGCUGGUGGUGGGAGACGCCGCGGUGGGCAAGACGUCUCUCGUCCAGAGGUACUGCCAGGACAGCUUCAGCAAACACUACAAGUCCACCGUGGGAGUGGACUUUGCUCUGAAGGUUGUCCAGUGGUCUGAUUCAGAAAUGGUGCGACUCCAGCUAUGGGAUAUUGCCGGCCAAGAGCGAUUCACCUCCAUGACUCGUCUGUACUAUCGGGAUGCCUCAGCAUGUGUCAUCAUGUUUGAUGUCACUAAUGCCACCACCUUCAGCAACAGCCAGAGGUGGAAGCAAGACUUGGAUUGUAAGCUCACACUGCCCAGUGGGGAGCCUGUGCCGUGCCUGUUAUUAGCCAACAAGAGUGACCUAUCCCCAUGGGCAGUGACUAGGGACCAGAUUGACCGGUUCAGCAAAGAGAAUGGUUUCACUGGCUGGACUGAAACGUCAGUCAAGGAGAAUAAAAACGUUAAUGAAGCUAUGAGAGUCCUUAUCGAACAGAUGAUGGCCAAUACCAGGGAAGGCAGCACAUCUCUGUCCACACAAGGUGACUACAUCAACCUGCAAACAGUAUCCACACCUGGCUGGACCUGCUGUUAAUUGUGUGCAGCUUUCUCCUUAUCUUGGAUGGGGAAGGUCUGACCAUCUCUUCGUUUUCCUUCCCUACUCACUCAGCUGCCUAAUUAAGAACUGGUGAUGAAUCUUCUACUGAGAAAACACCAGCCUUGUUCCUUUAGAGCAUUUUCUUCUGACCCAGCAGGCUGGUACCUCAUUACUCAGACAAGACCUAUGAGUUCCUGUGUAUAUUUCUGCAUUGGUUGGAUAUCUGCUCUGAGUUACUCCCGUGGCACAGGCUGUAUGGCCCAGGUAGCAGGAUCGAAGUGGGGCCCUUUAUGUGCCCUUUCCUAAGACCUGGCUGGAAUUUUAUUAGAGUAAGUGUAGAUGGAAGACAGCACACUUUUUCAUUAUAAACCGCAACUGUUCUUGAGGCUAUCAUUCCUUGAUGGCAACAUCCUGACUUCAGACCAAGAGAACAAAGAUCAAGAUGUUUUCUUGCCAAACUCUUUUGUGGAUCAUUACUUUUGUAGUUCUCUCUGUCCUGGACUUUGGAUUGACUUUGGAUUUAAGUGUCUAAUUCUUGUCUGGCCAUCUGCAGAAGCCCUUGUGUUGCAGUUGUGGUUUUGAAAGGUUCUGAAAUCGUAAUGGGCUUUCUUUCUCCCUCUCCUUAACAAUGGUGGAACUUUUAAUCCAUCUGUCCUGUGUGAUGAGAGUAUCUCUCUUCCUAAACAUGGCAUGGAGGAAAUGACUAGGAAGUCUUUCUGGGGUCUUUUUACUUACAAUACAAGAGCACAGUUUUAUAGACUGACUGGUUAAUGGGGAACCUGAUGUUCAUUCAACUCAGCAAAAGACGUUAAUUGACUAUGAUGUGCCUCUCAGGUAGAAAUGGGACUUUGAAGUCCCCUGAAUCUGAGAGAAGGAGGAAACAAAGGGAAGGGGAGAGGUGAACAAGACUGGAUUCUGAGGGGCUAUUUAGCUCAUGGUACAAGGUUUAUAGCUGUAGAAAGGUUGUGUGGUCCUGAAGAUAAGGAGGUUUACUACAAAUGUAACAUUAAGCACAAUAAAUCCCAUGAUUCUA